UAGAAAUUAGAAGAUGCCUUGAUGAAGGGCUUGAAUUUCAAGGUGAAUUGUUGAAUUUCAGGAAAGAUGGAUCUCCACUUAUGAACAGAUUACGGCUGACACCUAUAUUUGGAGAAGAUGAUGAGAUCACUCAUGUCAUUGGAAUUCAAUUAUUCACAGAGGCAAACAUUGAUCUUGGUCCUGUUCCCGGUUCUACAAUUAAGGAAUCUUUUAAAUCAUCUGGUCGGUUUCAUUCUGUGCUUUCCUCAUUGCACCCUCUUUCAGUGGGGGACCGAAAUGUGACUCGUGGAAUUUGUGGUAUAUUUCAAUUGAGUGAUGAGGUAUUGUCUCUCAAGAUACUUGCUCGCUUAACUCCAAGAGACAUUGCAUCGGUUAGUUCGGUUUGUAGGCGAUUGUAUGAGGUAACAAGAAAUGAAGACCUUUGGAGAAUGGUAUGCCAAAAUGCAUGGGGCAGUGAAACUACUCGUGUUUUGGAGACUGUUCCUGGUGCAAAGAGACUUGGAUGGGGACGACUAGCAAGGGAACUGACCACUCUUGAAGCAGCAGCAUGGAGGAAACUGACUGUUGGAGGUGGUGUUGAACCCUCACGCUGCAAUUUUAGUGCUUGAGUUGGAAAUAGAGUUGUCCUAUUUGGUGGUGAAGGAGUUAAUAUGCAACCCAUGAAUGACACCUUUGUAUUGGAUCUCAAUUCUAAUAAUCCUGAAUGGCAGCAUGUCCAGGUUAGCUCUCCUCCCCCUGGUCGGUGGGGCCACACACUUUCUUGUGUAAAUGGUUCUCGUUUGGUUGUAUUUGGAGGCUGUGGAACACAAGGCUUGCUCAAUGAUGUGUUUGUUCUGGACUUGGAUGCAACCCCUCCAACUUGGCGUGAAAUUUCUGGAUUGGCACCUCCACUUCCAAGAUCAUGGCAUAGCUCCUGUACUCUUGAUGGUACUAAGUUGAUAGUUUCCGGUGGCUGUGCUGAUUCUGGAGUACUUUUGAGUGAUACUUUCCUCCUUGAUAUGUCAAUGGAAAACCCUGUCUGGAGGGAAAUACCAGUGACAUGGACACCACCUUCCCGUCUGGGCCAUACACUAUUUGUUUAUGGUGGUAGGAAAAUUCUGAUGUUUGGAGGUCUGGCCAAGAGUGGGCCCCUGCGUUUCCGGUCAAGUGACGUCUUCACGAUGGAUUUAAGUGAGGAGGAACCAUGCUGGAGAUGUGUAACGGGGAGUGGAAUGCCUGGUGCUGGCAAUCCUGGGGGCAUAGCUCCUCCUCCUAGACUUGAUCACGUGGCUGUUAGCCUUCCAGGUGGUAGAAUUUUGAUUUUUGGUGGAUCUGUUGCGGGCCUUCAUUCUGCCUCCCAGCUUUACAUACUUGAUCCAACUGAUGAGAAGCCUACAUGGAGAAUUCAAAAUGUACCUGGGCGCCCUCCACGAUUUGCUUGGGGACAUAGUACAUGUGUUGUUGGAGGGACAAGAGCUAUUGUUCUGGGUGGUCAAACUGGGGAGGAAUGGAUGCUAAGUGAACUGCACGAACUUUCCCUGGCAAAUUCUGUCAUCUAGAUCCAGUGAAUAAAUUGCAUGCCGUAGUGAAGGGAAUGCUCAUGUUGUAAAAUCAUUUUGAGCAGAAUUGGCGGCAGAAGGUAUGUGUUGGUCACGGACUAUCUCAACAAGCAUUGCUCUGGUCAGAACAUUUGUGUAUUAAGUUAUUUCGACAGUGCAUUUUUAUGGUAUGAUUGGUUUUGGCUCGAGAAGAACUUUUUGAAUGAGUGACACAAUACUACCAUGUUUGGUGUUUUUUGAGGUUAUGUGAAACUUUGCCCUUCUGUAUGCACAAUGAAUUGUUCUUCCUGAAUAGAUAAAUAGUGUCUGAUAACAAGUAGGGAAUAUAUUAGGAUAGCUUUCCCCAUGUAUUGUCUUUUUCUAAUUGUGUAAUUUAAACCAUGACAAUGGGCCACAAAAAAAAUGCAUGUUCAUACAUAGUAAUGUAAUAGGUCUAUUGUAUUUGUAUGUAUGGAAGUUUCUACUUCUGUUU